UGGGGCCCGAGCGUGGGACUCCCAUCGCCUGCCCAGGCCGGGACCGACCGGAGAAGGGCGGAUACCGGCGCUUCCCGUGCUCAUCCAUCCCCUCCCACCCUGGGAAUGUGUAGGGGACCACAGUCGACGUCCUGGCCUUUGCUAGUAGGCAGAACCCCAGCAUCAAACUCAGUAGUCCAUGAGUUGCCGACAUAGCGACAUUUUGCAGAGUUUUGCUUUUUCUUUCCUGUGUAGUCGUAAACAAUUGCGUGGACUCUCUCUCUUGGGAAAGAACUUAGAACCAUGCCUGGUUUUCGUUACGGCUUAUUUUUGGUGACAGAGGCAACCGCAAUUUGCUGACAAGGUGGUGCAAUCUCAGGAAGAAGUAGUUAUUGUAGGGAAACCUACGGCCCCCCUUUGUUAGGCUCCAACAAAUCUUUGUUUGUGGCAGUCCUAGGAGCUGUUGUGAUUCGAAUCAUUGGUAUUUGGGUAGGAAAUUUUCAGUCGUUAGAACUGCAAAAUCUGUACAAGUAUACCAAAAAAUGGGAAGAGAGUGAACAUUAAGUACAUAGAUGAGUUGAUCCUUAAGUUUUAAUGUGUAUUUCGCGAUUUUAAAAAAAAUAGCUGGAUCCUUUAAACGGGGAGAUGUCGUUUAUGUUAGUCGUAGAGCCAGUUUAAACUCGUGUUACUCUUUUUCCAGAUGGUAUGUUCUUCAUUCUGUGAGCUAAGAUUCAAUCAACUCCAUUCAGGUUAAGGGAAAGACUAAUGUUGUAUUUUAAUAUUCUUUAGCCUAUUUUUAUUCCCAGUGUUAGUAACCUUUCUCUUUUAUCUUAACAACUCUGUCUUUUGUGGCUUUUUCUCUUUAGCUGCCUUCUCUUCUCUGCCUUUGGGCCUUAUUUUUAAUCUGGCUAGGUUUUUGUUUUUUGAGGGGGAGGGGGUAUCCUUUGCUUUUUUGCAUGAAACAGUGGAGACAUUUAUCUUUAACCAGGUUUAUGAAAGGUUCAGAGAAGUCAGCAAGAUUUAACUUGGAAAGUCAUCAGAUUCAAUGAGUCAAGGGUUAAGAGUAAAAAGCAGCUUGAUUUAAGAGUUUGGGUGCUUUCUAAUUUCUAAAUAAAGCAAGACUUUGGGAAAUGUACACACUUAAGAUUUUGAAUGGUGUUUGGUGACCAGUAAGUCUGCCUGGUUGAGCUGGUGGAAUCGAAUUAGUAAUUGUCCUGGGAACCCCUGCAGAAGAAGACGGUGGUGGCAAAAUUGAUUUAAUUGAAGCAGGGGCUUUUAAAAAUCUUGAUGUUGUUUUUAUGGCCCAUCCAUCUCAAGAGAAUGCUGCUUAUCUACCGGAUGUGGCUGAACACGAUGUGACUGUGAAAUACUAUGGAAAAGCAUCUCACGCUGCUGCGUAUCCCUGGGAAGGACUAAAUGCAUUAGAUGCUGCUGUUCUCGCCUAUAACAAUCUGUCUGUGUUAAGACAGCAAAUGAAACCAACCUGGAGAGUUCAUGGUAUAAUAAAAAAUGGUGGUGUAAAACCCAAUAUCAUUCCCUCUUAUUCUGAAUUAAUCUAUUACUUCCGUGCACCCUCAAUGAAAGAACUUCCAGUUUUGACCAAAAAGGCAGAAGAUUGCUUCAGAGCUGCAGCUUUGGCUACUGGGUGCACAGUAGAAAUUAAAGGUGGAGCACAUGAUUAUUACAAUGUUCUUCCCAAUAAGAGCCUAUGGAAAGCUUAUGCUGAAAAUGGGAAAAAGCUGGGAAUAGACUUCAUUUCAGAAGAUGCAAUGUUGAGUGGCCCUUCAGGAUCUACUGAUUUUGGAAAUGUUACUUUUGUGGUUCCUGGGAUUCAUCCAUAUUUUUACAUUGGAACAAAUGCCUUGAAUCAUACAGAACAGUAUACUGAAGCUGCAGGAUCACCAGAAGCUCAGUUCUACGCUUUGCGAACAGCCAAAGCUCUGGCAAUGACUGCAUUGGAUGUUAUUUUUAAGCCAGAGUUGCUGGAAAGAAUCAGAGAGGACUUUAAAUUGAAACUUCAAGAAGAAGAGUAUUUAAAUACAGUAGAAUAAAAGGAAGAUUUCAGAGCCACUAGUGGAUCAUUAAGAAGAAGUGAUUUUUUUUCUUUAAUCUUUUUUAAUGAAGGGGGAGGGCAUGGCUUGUUUUUCAGUCUUAAAGGAGUCAGAUUCCUCUUACCUGAAAAGUGAGGACAUGAUGUGGAGAAAACACAUUACCUCAUAUCUAAAAUGAAAUUUCACAAAUCUGUGUCUGAUAGAAUUGUGAUCUCACAGAGCUGGUAUGUGAUAGCAUUUCUUAAAUAACCUGGACAACACAUGGUUUAUCAGUGAUGAUAUUUUAUAAAUUCUUAUGCUGUGUGAGUAUAUUUUAAAAGAUCCAAGAGAUUUCAUACCUUAUAUUCAGAAUUGACACAUGAAAGACUUUUUUUUUUUUGUAUAGGGUGGUAAAAUUGUUCUAUAAAGCUGUUUUAAAAUUCAAGUUCUAAGUCUAGGGAAGGUUCAUUUGGAAUAUCUGACUGUAUCUGCUUUGCUUUAGGGAAUCUCCUCAUUGAUAAUAAAAAUAGGUUUUUAAUCAGAAAUGCUGUGGGGAGACAACCAGAAACUCAGGUACAAAGAAUAAGUUCUAUUUUUACCAUUUGAAGGAAAAUGAAAAUGUUCUUUUUAACAUAUAAUUUACUCUAAGAAGUGGCAUUAAAGUGCUAUUCCUCAUUCCAUAUGCCUGUGAAAAGGAAAAAUUACAGACGGAUAGGAUUAAACUCUUCCUGUAAGGUGUUUGCUUAGUAGCCCCAUGUGUUCUAGAGGAAUUUAAUGAGAGGGGAGUGAUGUCUACUUAUCUUGAAUGUUAAUGUCAUAUAACUGGUCCCCUCUACCCAGCCAGCUCUCUUUAGGCUUCUCAGAACUUUAGCUGUCCAGCCUGGCUGGACAAUGUAGUUGACAGAGUUUAGGGGACAGAAUUCUAAGCCUCCUUAAGCCCCGUGCUAGCCCAAUAUAAAUUUAAAAGUAUUACAAGUUUUUCCUGGUGUGAAUUUAUUGAACAUGAUAAAAGAAUGUGAAAAAAGUAUCUGGUAAAACAAGUAUUUUAAGCUGUGACUAUUUUUAAAGAAGAGUCCUCCAGUUUGAAUGUAAGCAUUCCAAAAAUGGAAGAGAGGAAAGAGAAGUGAGCAUUUGGCCUCUUUGCUGUAAGCAGGUCACUUGAGUGCUCUCAGCCUUUGGCUCCUCAUUUGGAAAGUUAGAUUAGGUCCCUUAUCCUUACAGUCCUUUAAACCUUUAAUUCCUAUUCUAUCUGAAAUACUUAAAGUUGAAAGAAAGAGAGGGGUAUUUACGGGGAGAGUUAGUGGUUGAGAAUUGCUUUCUAUAUCGGGUCUGCAGACUACGCCUGAUUUGGCAAGCGGCCUGAUUCUAUAUGGCUAGCAUGCUAAAAAUGGUCUUUACAUUUAUAACAAAGCAUCAGAGACCAAGUCAUGUGACCUGCAAAACUGAAAAUAUUUACUGUCUGGCCCUGUGUAAAAGAAAGUUUGCCAGCCCAUCCUAUAUAACAGUAAAAUAAAACCUGUUUCUCUUUUGAUUUAUAUCAUAUAAUCAGAUAUUCUCCUAGAAUAAAACUUAAAGCCUCUGAAUUGAAAACAUUGAGAAAGGCAUUUAUAUGGCAGUGCCCUGGUGUCAAUCAUUACAAUGCGUCAGGGAUUUGUCCUCACUGGGGCUUCUGACGCUUUAGAAGUUUGCUUUCUUUUAGCAUUCACUUCAUUCUGGGAUCCAGCUACCCUACUGCCUUAAGACUGUCUCCUGUGCAAGCUGCUCUUCUAACUCUUCAUAUCAGCUUUUAGAACUGGAUCUUCCAUGACACUCUGUAUCUGAUUAUUUAUAAUCUCAAAGAGUCAUGGUUGGUAUAUAUUUUAUAAACAGGAAAGGGAUCAGCAGAGUCUUCACGCUAAGAAUUGGGUAUGUCCAAGACCUCUGGUUUAUAAUAAAGAGUUUCCUAAUUAUCAAUUUAAUAAAUUUCUCUACUACAACCUUUAAAUUCCUUAUAUAAAUCCUACACCCUAAGGAAUGUGGUUUUAUUUUCUAACGCCUUGAUAAAAUUCUAAAACAGUGACUGUUAGCUGGUAUCCCGACACACUGACAUUCUCCUCUUUUGUGAACUGUCACAAAUUAACUGUUACUCAUACAUACUUGAUUGUGAUUAAUUUACUUUUUAAAAGCAAAUUAGAGUGAAGUUCAGGUUAACAUUCUGUUGUUACCUGUUCACCUGUGUUCUGGUAAGUAUCCUGCCUGAGAGUGAGGUGUGGAGCUGCUGCUGGUGUGUGGGGAAUAUGUGUAUCUGUCCCAGCACUGUCCUCCACAACCCCGUCUGAGGAAGUGACAUUGAUGAGCUGCUAAGAUUUGUGUCACCUCUGAGUUUCUGUCAUUUUAUUUUACUUUCAGUAUUUUUAAAACUUGGUCAAAACAUGGGAUCACCCAUGGGAAUAUGUCCUGGAUUUAUCAUGUCAGAAAAGAGGUUGAGAACUGAUACUCUGGAGUCCGUCUAGAAGUAUGUUUGUUUUUUUUUUCUCCAGAUCUCACUUGACAUUUUACAUUAAUUCGCUGUAACAGUUAUUUCAUACAAUUCAGAUUUUAAAAAUCCCUUAUUACUUUUUAUAUACCAGUGAGUUAAUUGAGCCAUAUUACAC